UUCAAGUUGAUCUGUGUGCAUCUCCAUUAAAAUAUAACUCGAAAUAUACUGUACAGUGUUUCUACACACGAUUCCACUUUUUUGGUUCGCCGAUGAUCGACAUUUGUUUGUGAUAAUUUGUGAUUAAACUUACGGGUUAUUUUGAAAAUGUCGUCGAAAAUCAUAAAGUCUGGUGGUGCGGAUCCCGAUGAGUUUGAAGGCCAAGUAGCCCAAGCUCUUCUCGAGUUGGAAGUUAACUCGGACCUGAAGGCCCAACUCAGAGAAUUGCAUAUUACCAAGGCAAGAGAGAUUGAACUAAACAACAGAAAAUCUGUAAUCAUCUAUGUUCCCAUGCCUAAACUGAAGCAAUUCCAAAAGAUUCAGACUAGGCUGGUCCGUGAGUUAGAAAAGAAAUUCAGUGGAAAGCAUGUUGUGUUUGUUGGCGAGAGGAAGAUCCUCCCCAAGCCCACCCGUAAGACCCGUCAGAAGAACAAGCAGAAGCGCCCACGUUCUCGCACACUGACUGCUGUGUAUGAUGCCAUCUUAGAAGAUUUGGUAUACCCAGCUGAGAUUGUCGGUAAGAGAAUUCGUGUGAGGUUGGAUGGUUCCCAGCUCAUUAAAGUUCAUCUUGACAAAAAUCAACAGACCACUAUUGAACACAAGGUGGAUACAUUUGCGUCUGUCUACAAAAAACUGACAGGAAGGGAAGUUACUUUUGAAUUUCCCGAACCUUAUUUGUAAUUAUAUACAAAAAUGUAUAAUAAAUUAAAAUUGACAUAAAA